AUGGACGAACGUCAAGCAAUCCACGUGACACCGAAUGUCGAUCACGACAAGGACAUCGAGGGCAAUUCACAUGAGCCUGUGUUCGCAUUCCAUGGCGAGCAUGCUAUUGUCGCCGACAAGCUUUCACGGAAACUCUCAGCACGUCAAGUACAAAUGAUAGCCAUCGGAGGCACAAUAGGAACUGGUCUCUUCCUCGGCACUGGCAAAUCGCUUGCAACGGGAGGUCCAGCCUCAAUGCUCAUCGCGUACAUGAUCGUUGGAGUCAUUGUGAUGCUGACAAUGUUGGCACUGGGAGAAAUGGCUGCCUUUGUUCCAAUUGCGGGGUCCUUCUGUACCUUUGCAGGGAGAUAUGUGGAUGAUGCUUUUGGGUUUGCUUUGACUUGGAACUAUUGGUUUAACGAUGCUGUGUCGACUGCAGCUGAUCUGGUUGCAUUGCAACUUGUAUUUGCGUACUGGGAUACUGGCUUUCCGGGAUGGGGAUUGAGUCUCAUUUUCUGGGUGUUGUUGAUCCUGGCGAACAUUAUCACUGUGAAAGCAUAUGGCGAGCUUGAGUAUUGGUUGAGUUUACUCAAAGUUGUCACGAUUACAGUCUUCAUUUUACUAGGCAUCGCUGUGAAUUGUGGAGGAAAUACCUCGCACACUUACCUCGGCGCUCACAACUGGUACAUAGGUGAUGCGCCCUUCGUUGGUGGUAUUGGAGGAUUCGCAUCUAUUUUUGUGACCGCAUCAUUCGCAUACGGAGGAACAGAAUCAAUCGCCAUCACAGCUGGAGAAACCAAGAACCCGACCAAGAAUCUCCCCAGAGUCGUUAAGAACGUCUUCUGGCGGAUCCUAAUCUUCUACGUCCUCUCAGUUCUUAUCAUUGGUCUCAAUGUUCCAUACAACUACCCGAAUCUCUCGAGCAAGGAGUCUUCGACUUCUCCAUUCACUCUAGUCUUCCAAAUGGCAGGAGCAAAGGCAGCUGGGUCAUUCAUCAACGCCGUAAUCAUGACAUCAGUCAUCAGCGCCGGCAAUCACGCGCUGUUUGCUGGGACACGUUUGCUUUUUUCUCUUUCUGUUGACCGACAUGCUCCUCAAUUCUUUGGAAAACUCAACAGAAACCGAGUACCCUGGAUAGCAGUCUUAGCCACUAGUGCAAUCAGUGGACUUUGCUUCGGAGCCAGCUUCAUCGGCGCUGGCCAGCUUUGGACUUGGCUACAGAACAUCGUCGGUGUCUCCAAUCAGCUGGCUUGGAUCGCUAUUGCACUUACAUCCAUCCGAUUCCGUCGUGCAAUGGAAUUGCAGAAUAAGACACAUCUCUUGCCGUUCAAGAAUUGGACUUAUCCGUGGGGACCGUGGUUUUCUUUAGCCUUGAACAUUGUGAUUGUGUUGGUGCAGGGGUGGAGUUCUUUCAGUCCGAAGUUCAGUGCUGUAGAUUUUGUCAGUUACUAUGUGGAGCUGCCGAUAAUGUUGGUUAUGUAUGUAGGUUGGAAAGUGUUGAAGAGGACGAGGUUGGUGAGUAGUGAGGCAAUGGAUUUGGAGACGGAUGUCUAUGUUGUGGGAGAGGAUGAUUUGAGAGCUAUGGAAUUGGAGAAGAGUGCUAGAGGAAAGGUAGAGACAGUAUUGAGGUGGAUAUUUUAA